GGCCUGCCGUGCUGUUCGCGUCUUUACAUCUCUCUUCGUGUUUGUUGUUAUGUGUGGUAGACUCGGAUUUUAAUGUGUUACACACAGUACCCCUAACUAGCUGCAGUUCGACGUAUCGGCAGGUGGACGUAGUUGCAGGCCUUGAGGAAAAAGGGAGCAGCCGGUGACCUGCUGACGAAGUGGAGGGGACCUUCGGUGAUGACACGACGCCAUUAACUGUAAGUCCACCGACGCGUGCAUGGCACUCUUUGCCAGUUCCAGUGUAAUCCCGAAGCGAUUCGAGCACUCGAAUCUUGGCGACCGUGGCGGUGAAGCGUGUCUACGAAAAAGUGUCGAUUAAAAGCAUUCUUCCCACAGAAAUACGCGAACAAUGACGAUCCUGCAGUCCUGCUGGUCUCCCUGCGUCUGGUCGAACAGCAUCAAGACUGGCUCUAGAGCCAUUGCGUUUUACACAGUGGCGAUUAGUAUAGUGUUAAUUACGUUAAUAUGCUACCAAAUGGCUGGUGGCGAUUCCACACAAAUAUACAAUCCGUUGUUCGAGGCUGAUGUGAGGGGCUCCAUGCAAAUUAUUGGCGGCUUCUUCAUCUUCUACUUGUUGCUGCUGAUCAUAUGCGCCAUGUUGAUAGUAUACGGAGUGAAAGAGGGAGUGCGCGGCUGGUUGUUGCCUUGGCUUGUCUCGUGGUUCAUCGUUUGCAUGUUCCAAUUCGUCUUUGGUCUAUGGCUUUUGGGCGGAUACUAUAUUUACUUGGACUCUGUAUUCGCGACAUUGUGCAAUUGGCUCUGGAUGUCUUACAAUUUAUACUGUUGGCUGGUCGUUUUGUCGAUGUACAGAAUAUUCGCAAAGCUGCAGUCUCCCAACAUAGAACUCUUAUGGCCUUGAAGCAAAACCACGCGAGCAGCGAUGCGUAUAUCCGAAUGAUAUAUACGAGAGUACAUCAAUUGACGCCAAAGUAAGGGAGAAUCUCUGCGUGCACUCAGUCGCAAAAAUCGACGUAAGGAAAAUGUGCGUGUUCGCAAAGAAUUACGAAAAACGAGUCCGAUUAGGAUAUCUAUGUUGUAAGGGUUUUAACGGAAGUUGACGAACACACUUUCUCGUCGAUUCUCAUACUUCAUACGCAAUCUUCCUUAGAUAUAGAUCUUUGCGAACGUGUACAGUAGGUCGCAAAACGGCUUAGACUCAAUGAAUUUUAGAGCGUAGCUAAUGGUCCAGUAGGAGAACAAAUUAUUCAAAAAUAAGUUCUCUUAUUGGAUCAUCGAUUACGCUCUGAAGUGUCUAAAUCAUUUUGCAACCCACUGUACGUACUUUUGAUAUAUGACACGAAUAUAUAUAUACAUGUGUAUAUAUGUGUGUGUAUGUGUAUAUAUAUAUAUAUAUAUAUAUAUAUAUAUAUAUAUAUAUA